GCUGAAGCUCGAGUUUGCUUUUCCGCAGCUUUGCCCUGCCCUCCUGAGCCGGAGGUUCUGAGCCCUGGGAUGUAACGUGCAGGAUGGGAGGUCGGUUGUGAGCUCCCCGCCCCCCCCAGCCGGACCGAGCGGGGCCCCCCUCCCCCGGGCAGGAUGGAGGAGGAGAGCAUGGAGGAGGAGGGGGGCAGCAGCAGCAGCUAUGAGGCCAUGAUGGACGAUCAGAACCAUAACAACUGGGAGGCCGGUGUGGAUGGCUACAGGCAGCAGCACCCUGCGGGCCAUGCCCAGGCCCCCCUCGGGGACCGGGCCCUGCAGCUGCCCGCGGAUAGAAAGGCCCAGAGGGGGCAGCAGGAGGAGGAGGAGGAAGAGGCCCAGAUGGUGCCAGAAGCCAAUGGCCUGAUGAAGGGCUGUGACUCUACGGGGGCUGCUGGCAAGGGAGGAGCCGUCGCUGCUGCCACCAUCAACACCUCCACCUCCAAGUUCUUAAUGAAUGUUAUAACCAUUGAAGAUUAUAAGAGCACAUAUUGGCCAAAGUUGGACAGUGCCAUAGAUCAGCUUUUAACUCAGAGUCCUGGUGACUACAUCCCUAUCUCCUAUGAACAAAUAUACAGUUGUGUGUAUAAAUGUGUAUGCCAGCAGCAUUCGGAACAGAUGUAUAGUGACCUAAUAAAAAAGAUAACUAACCACUUAGAGAGAGUCUCAAAGGAGCUGCAGGCCAGCCCUCCAGAUCUGUAUAUUGAAAGAUUUAACAUAGCUCUUGGACAAUAUAUGGGAGCAUUGCAGAGCAUUGUGCCUCUUUUCAUAUAUAUGAAUAAAUUUUACAUAGAAACCAAGCUUAACAGAGACUUAAAAGAUGACCUUAUAAAGCUGUUUACGGAACAUGUUGCAGAAAAGCACAUUUACAGCCUAAUGCCUUUACUUUUAGAAGCUCAGUCAACACCGUUUCAAAUAACCCCUUCGACCAUGGCAAAUAUUGUGAAAGGCCUGUAUACACUUAGACCAGAGUGGGUUCAGAUGGCACCAGCUUUAUUUUCUAAAUUCAUCCCAAACAUUCUCCCCCCUGCUGUGGAAUCUGAGCUUCAGGAAUAUGCUGCUCAAGACCAGAAACUUCAAAGAGAGCUUAUGCAGAAUGGAUUUACCAGAGGUGACCAGUCACGCAAGAGAGCUGGAGAAGAAUUAACUUACAACGGCUCAUCAGCAUGUGCAAGCUCCAGAGGCUACAGAUAGUGAACAUACCGGGUGUGCUUUUAUUCCUAGCCAGAACAGACACUGGAGGAGCACAGAUGAUAUCCAGAGCCUCAGCUGGGGUCUGCUGAUAUUCAGGAGCUCUGUCACAAGUUGUACCUGGAAGAGGAGUUUGGACGUUCUUCGUUAUGUAAUAAAAUGUCAGUUGCUGCUACACUUGGGAUAACUUUGAAAGACAUGACUCUUUGGUUCGGGGUCUCAGCAAGUUCUUAGUCUCUGAUUCCGUGAGGGAUGCGCCUUGAAAAACAGAUAAUUUCUAAGUGAAAAUUUGCAGCCAAAAUCAGCAGCUUCCUCCAAAAAUGUUAGAAUGGAAGAAUCUUUUUUGCACUCUUGUUUUUUAUUAUGGACAUUCUUUAAACUAAUUAACACAUCAGUGUAUUAGUUUUAAAACGUCAAGGUAUUUUCUGAAGCUUUUACUUAAAUAAUAAGAAUAAAGAUUUGUUUCUUUGCAGUAUUUAUUAUUCAGUACAAAGUGACAGCAGCUUUAAGAGUUGGUCCCUUCUAACUAUAAUUCUGACAAUGAGUUUUUGAUUCCGGAUUGGUUUCUUCCAUCGUUUUUUUCCUAACUUAUUUUCUUUCUUUCUUUUUUUUUUUUUUGGUAUGUUUUUUGACUCUGUGCCUUCAGCUUGUGCACUUGGCAACUUUACAGACCAUAUUUGGUGAAUGCAAAAUGUGUUCUGAAGGAAAAGCUUGUUACGUUGUGAACAAAUACGCUGCAAAGUCACAAGUUUCUCCUGCAUUACUAGGAUAUGAAUUUAGAAAGGAAGAAAAAGUUUAACCUGACAAUGUCACUGAUAGUGAUUUGGCCCCCUUCCCACUUUGUGUUUUUUCAAGUGUUUAUUUAGUAUUAAUGGUGGGACCAACUCUUGUAGAAACAUCCCUCUGUCCCCUCCCUUUUCUGGUGAGUCUGUUGGCCUCCAUAUUAAUUACAAUAGAUCAAUGUGAACUCCAAAAUGAAUGCAAUGCCAUGUUUUGUGUUGUGUGUUAUUUUGGAACAUUAGCUGCCGCAGCUGAGAGUUGGAUUAUGAGCAAGGUUCUCCAGUCUGUUAAAUUAUGCUAUGUGCCACUCUGGCAGCACUGAGCAGACUUAAACCUGCCUUAGUUGGUCAGUGGAUGACAGAACCCAGGCAGGGCUGCCGGAGUGGCUCUGACAGGCUACCAGCAUAGGGAGUAUGACUGGGGAAAAGGGAUAUGGCCCUGCAUCCAAACAGCUAGAGUGUAAGAUACGCAGCACUGUUCAGGAUCAGGGAGAUACCAAGGUGAUGUAAUGCAUAUGUGCAUGCAUACACCCUCUUCUAGACUUGUGCCAAGCUCAGGUGGGCUGGUCCAGUAAAUCUGGACCUGUGGUCGUAAUCGUAAUGGUUAGGAGAUGAGUUUCAGUCAGCAGUAUGGGUAAUCGAAUCCAGUUAAUUUAAAUAGGGAGAGAAAUGUUCUUGGAAAAAGUAGUUUUGAUUCCAGAUUCCUUUUAUUAUCUUUAGUUAAGAAGAAAAAAAAAAAAAACCUUAGUGAUAUCAGAAACCUUUCUGAGCUGAGGUAGAAGUGUAUUCACAGUUCUGCCACACACAGCUGUCGUAUAGAAAUUCUCUGAGCUUGCAUGAGUUGUCUAUAGAUUGCAGGAAAAAGCAAAAUAUUCAUGUGGCAGUGACAAAGUUCUUUUCUUUCCAACUUUGCUUUGUAAACAGACUAUAUUCCCUUCAUGUUUAAAUUGAGAAUCAGAGAUUCCAAGGCCAGAGGGAACUAUUAUGAUCAUGUAGUCUGACCUCCUGUAUAAGACAGGCCAUAGAACUUCCCCAAAAUAAUUCCCAGAGCAUAGCUUUUAGAAUAACAUCCAAUCUUGAUUUAAAAAUUCAGAGAUGGAGAAUCCACCAUGACCCUUGGUAAAUUGUCCCAAUGCUUAAUUAGUUUCACUGUUUAAAAUUUACUCCUUAUUUCCAGUCUGAAUUUGUCUAGCUUCAACUUUUAGCCAUUGGAUAGUGUUGUACCUUUCUCUGCUAGAUGAAAGAGCCCAUUAUUAAAUAUUUGUUCCCCAUGUAGAUACUCAGACUAUGAUCAAGUCACCCCUUGAUCUUCCCUUUGUUAAGCUAAAUAGUUCUAUCAUCAUAAGGCAUAUUUUCUAAUCCUUUAAUCAUUCCUGUGGCUCUUCUCUGAACCCCCACCAAUUUAUCUAUGGGCUGGUCUACACUUAGUCCGGACUUCGGACUAAGGUACGCAAAUUCAGCUACGUUAAUAACGUAGCUGAAUUCGAAGUACCUUACUCCGGACUUACCGCGGUCCAGACGCGGCCGGAAGUCUCCCCCCGUCGACGCCGCGUACUCCUCUCGGCGAGCUGGAGUACCGGCGUCGAUUGUGAGCACUUCCGGGAUCGAUCCGGGAUCGAUUUAUCGCGUCUUAACCAGACGCGAUAAAUCGAUCCCAGAACAUCGAUGGCGUGCCUCCGGACCAGCCGGUAAGUGAAGACUAGGCCUAUGUCCUUGAAUUGUGGGCACCAAAGCUGGACACAGUAUUCCAGCAGCGGUCACAGCAGUGCCAAAUACAGAGGUAAAAUAACCUCUCUAGUCCUACUCGAGAUGUAUGCAUUCCAGGGUUUCAUUAGCUCUUUUGGCCACAGUGUCACACUGGGAGCUCAUGUUCAGCUAAUUAUCCACCAUGACCCCCCCAAAGCUUUUUCAGAAUCACUGUUUCUCAGGAUAGAGUCUCCCAUCAUGUAAGUAUGGCCUACGUGUUUACAUUUAGCUGUAUUAAAACACACAUUCUUUGCUUGCACCCAGUUUACCAAGAGAUCCAGAUUGCUCUGAAUCACUAAUCAAAAACAAACCAUCAAGGAUAGGGUUUUUAAAAGCACUCAGCAUUGGGUGUAUCUCUGUUUCGACUGAAGUCAAUAGGAGUUUUAUCGUUGGGAGCAGAGUUAGGCCAAUGUCGAUUGUUUUUUGUAAAUCCUACCUUGAGUGAACACAGUGGAGAAAGUAACAAAUGCUAAUAGAGAAUGGCUACUGAUUUUAAUUUUGCCAAGUUCCAAAAUUUUAUCAAGAGCAGUUUAAAAAAAAAAAUCAGAUUUCAAAAUAAAAACCUUUUGACACUGUCCUUAGUUGUACAAUUACUCCGUAUACUGUGACAGCAAAUAUUCUUGAAUUAAGAAUAUAUACAUCAACUAGUUGAUUUACUACAUCAGUACCAUUCUAGUUCAUACGAAAGUGUGCAAGCUCUCAGCUUCAUCAUGCCGUUACGAGUUUGCUCUGUUUUUUUUACAAAGGGUUUACUGAUCUAGGGUUUGUAAAUAACUUGUAGGACUUAGGCCUCAUAUUUGAGGCAAUGAUUUUAAUUUACUCCUUUAUUGUUGCAUUACACUUAGGACACAGACUUUUGAAACAAUAAUUCUAUAAGAAGGUAAAAUAAAACAUUCCUCUUAGUGUGGACAAUAUUAUAUGCACUAUAACAGUACUUGAAUGCUUUUCACCAUGUGGCGUUCUCGUUUGGCCAGCGGACAUGAGAACUCUCCUUGUAAAGCAUUGUAUUAUGUUGUAAAUUGGCAUUAAAAUUUCUGUAUGUUUUGGCAUUAUUAACCUAAUGCUGAAGUAUUGUUGAUCUUGUCUUCUAGGGUUUUAUCAUUGUGAGCUGAGCAUGAAAUGGAGCAUAGCAUAAUAUGCUAAAUUAUUUUGUUUCUUUGUAAACUUGAAUUUUACUUAGAGUAAAACUAACUCAGCCAAUUUGAGCAUUGAUGCUGUAAAACCAUGACUACAAGCGGCAUGGUCCUAGUUACACUAGUAACUCUAACCAAAUAACAACUUUGUGGUAAAUUUGCAUCUGUUGCUUACCAUGAGACUAAACAGUAAAUUUGGUUAUACAUCGGGUGUCCUCUUCUAUGUCGCACUGGUUGUCUAGGCAAACUUGCUAUAUUAAAAUAUUUUUAGAUGAAUUUCA